UUCAAGAAGUCACCAAUCUUUGGUGUUGUUUUUAUGUUGCAGUAUGCCAGGGUUUGGAUUCCUGACCCAGAGGAGGUCUGGAAGUCAGCAGAACUUCUGAAAGAUUAUAAACCUGGAGAUAAAGUUCUUCAGCUUCGACUUGAAGAGGGCAAGGACCUAGAAUAUUGCCUCGAUCUGAAGACUAAGGAACUGCCCCCCUUGCGAAACCCUGACAUCCUUGUUGGUGAAAAUGACCUCACAGCACUCAGUUAUCUCCAUGAACCAGCUGUUCUACACAACCUCAAAGUUCGAUUUAUAGACUCUAAACUCAUUUAUACCUAUUGUGGUAUCGUCUUAGUGGCCAUAAAUCCUUAUGAACAACUGCCUAUCUAUGGCGAAGAUAUCAUCAAUGCGUACAGUGGCCAAAACAUGGGGGAUAUGGAUCCACAUAUCUUUGCAGUGGCAGAAGAGGCAUACAAGCAGAUGGCCAGAGAUGAGCGAAAUCAGUCAAUCAUUGUAAGUGGAGAAUCUGGGGCAGGAAAGACGGUUUCUGCCAAGUAUGCCAUGAGAUACUUUGCCACGGUCAGUGGAUCUGCCAGUGAAGCCAAUGUUGAGGAGAAAGUCUUGGCUUCAAACCCCAUAAUGGAGUCUAUUGGAAAUGCCAAAACUACAAGGAAUGACAACAGCAGUCGCUUUGGGAAAUACAUUGAAAUUGGUUUUGACAAGAGGUAUCGAAUCAUUGGUGCUAACAUGAGAACUUAUCUCUUGGAGAAAUCAAGAGUGGUAUUUCAGGCAGAAGAGGAGAGAAAUUACCACAUCUUUUACCAACUCUGUGCCUCUGCAGCAUUACCUGAAUUUAAAACUCUACGAUUAGGGAAUGCAAAUUACUUUCAUUAUACAAAGCAAGGUGGAAGCCCUGUGAUUGAUGGCAUUGAUGAUGCUAAGGAAAUGGUAAACACCAGACAAGCCUGCACUUUGCUAGGGAUUAGUGAUUCCUACCAGAUGGGAAUUUUUCAAAUCCUUGCUGGCAUCCUUCACUUGGGCAACGUGGAGUUUGUAUCUCGGGAUUCUGACAGCUGCACCAUUCCUGUAAGUAGUAGAUGAGCUUGGAGCAUGCUU